UACGCCAGACGCCAGUUCCAGGUGCGUGCGUGGCUGAGAGCGGCGUUGAACGACGGCCUCGUGAAAGAAUCGAAGAUGCCCGGGGCCACGAUGCGCUACACGGUGGACGACUUCUUGAAGCACAUAUUCAAGCGAUGCCACUUGGUGCUUGAGGGGUGGCCACCGGACAUCGUGUUCUGCAACCUGAGCGACGUCGGGGGCGGUCGGAACCUCGGACGUCUGAGGCACGCGUGGGUGCAGGGCGAGCUGCGCUUCGUGCCCGUCACGGACGAGCACAGGGCGGCAGCGGAGGCCGAUCCGCUGUCUGUGGUGCCCGGCCGUCUGAACCGCGGAUUCCGGAAUCGUGCGGAGCGGAGCGACGUCGGAGAGAGGCACUACCGGCCAGUGACGGGAGCCGGGUACCUUCCGCGGCCGUCGCCGUCGCGGGCGGUGGUGACGCCGGAGAUGGAGGCAGAGGUGGACGCGGAG